AUGUACGGUGGAAAUAGAGGCAAGAAGACCCAUAUAGCAAGUGGUCAUUCGGAGCAUGGUGCGGCUAAGGCUGGGGAUGGCGGCAGCAGUUCCCAUGGCCGACCAUCUUUUCCUGGCUCAUUUCCUAGUCUUGGGAAGGGCGGAGGAGCUAUCAAGUCAAUUGGAGCCAACAUCGAUGUGAACGGCGCGAAUGGGACUUUAUCAUUUUCGGUACCCAUCCCCAUCUCGAGCUCUCGAUCCGGUUUUGGGCCUGCUCUGAAUCUUACUUACGAUUCAGGGCAUGGCAACGGUGCUUUUGGCUUCGGAUGGGGUCUCUCACUCUCUUCCGUCGUCGGACAAACAUCUCGUAAUAUCCCCAUUUAUGAUGACGAGAAGGAUAUUUUUGUGCUCUCCGGCGAAGAUGACCUCGUUCCUCGACUCGAUAAUGACAAAUGGCAGGAGAAGACGAUUGGGGAAUUUCGUGUUCGUGAAUAUCAACCACGGGUCGUCUCGCAAUCUAUGCGUAUCGAGCGCUGGAGCAAGAUGGCCAGCCCUUGGGACAUUCACUGGAGGACGAUCAAUAGCGAAAACGUCACUUCAAUCUUCGGACGCGAUGAAGACUCUCGGAUCUCGAACGGAGCCACGGAUAGACCAUGUAUAUUUGCCUGGCUCAUUGUUGAGACUUACGAUACUUUGGGUAAUGCUAUACACUUCUCGUACAAACGAGAAGACGAAUCUGGCCUCUUCGAGGAUGGAAUGCCUCUUUGCGAAAUGAAUCGCUCUAGCGAUUCCCGUCAGCGGCAAAAAUACAUCAAGUCGAUCAAGUACGGCAACACCACCCCCUGCCGCCAGAUACAAGAUUGGGAAGCUUCCGUACAACCAUCGCAAUGGAUGUUCGAGGUGGUAUUUGACUAUGGUGAGCACGCGCAAGACGUUCCCCUCACCACGGCCGUUCAAAACUGGACGACCCGUAAAGACCCCUUCACAAGCUGCUCCACUGGGUUUGAGAUCAGAAACUAUCGGCUUUGUCGUAGGAUCUUGAUGUUCCAUCACUUCCCAGAUGAGAUAGGUGUGAAGGAUGCUCUGACCUCGUCGCUCAUGUUGCAAUACAACGAGAAUCCGCAUGGUAGUUUAUUGUUGUCCUGUACUACUCUCGGUCAUUCAGUGCUGAACGAGGCGAGUGGUCUUAGUUACAUCACAAAAUCUAUGCCUCCUCUUGCCUUCAAGUACAGCAUAUUACCUUCGCCAGAGACACUGCAGCUGAAAAAGGCUGAAACAUCAAACAUACCAUAUCUGCCAGGUGUGACCUUUGAGAAGUCUGAAUGGAUCGACUUGAAUGGCGAAGGCUCUCCAGGAAUUUUAACCACUUUGGAUGGCGGUACCCUGUAUUUCCAGCGCAAUCAGAGCGCUCUACGAAAUAAAAUGGGACCAUGGUUCACAGACACCCAAGUUCUCUGUUCACAGCCUGUGUCAGGGUUGCCAGAAAAGCAUCAUCUGCAAGAUCUAGAUGGCAAUGGCUACCCAGACCUUGUGUGUUUUGACACGUUCGGUCGACCUUAUGGCUACUUUGAACGUAACGAAACUGGCGGGUGGUCAGACUUCUCUACCCUAUCUUCUAUCUCGUCUACAUUAGUGUCGUCUGACGGUACGAUAUAUAUAGAUCUAACUGGAAACGGUCUCGCAGAUGCCCUGGACCCGCGAUCACUUGAUUCCCUUGUGUGGCAACAAUCACUGGGCAAGCUUGGUUUCGGCGCCCAUCAGGUUUCACAAGUACCAAGCACCGGAACUUUUAGACUUCAAGGUGACGAUAGGCUGUCUGUCAAAUCAACUGAUAUGACUGGGGAUGGCUUGUCGGAUAUCGUUGCGAUUUCCAAUGGACGAGUGUCAUAUUGGUCCAACAUUGGUUAUGGUAAAUUCAGUAACGAGGUCAUAAUGUCUAAUGGACCCGUCUUUGAUAACGACGAUUCUUUCUCUCCUAAGAGAAUCCACUUGAUCGAUGUGGAUGGCUCAGGUACAGCAGAUCUCCUGUACAUACUCCCAAAUGGAGGUGCAAAUCUAUACUAUAAUCUAUGCGGCAACUCCUGGAGUGACGCAGAAUACAUUGCUGCUUUCCCUCUAGUAGACAAUUUGGCAUCUGUUCAAGUCGUGGAUCUUCUCGGUUCUGGUACAUCGUGUCUUUGCUGGACAGGACCGUCUCAUGAUGCAGCUGAUGCAAUGUGUUUGCGAUACUUGGACCUAAUGAAUUCAGCGAAACCACAUCUUCUGAUAUCCUAUACGAAUGGGAUGGGAUUACAGGUGGAUAUUCAGUAUGAGCCUUCUACCCAUUUCUACCUCGCCGACGAGUCCGAGCUGCAUCCUUGGGAAACGAGGCUUCCAUUUCCGGUUCAUUGUGUCAGCCAGAUCACAACUACGGAUCAGAUCUCCAGCAUAUCCAAAGCUGUGAAAUACAGAUAUCACGAUGGCUUUUUCGAUCCACAAGACAGAGAGUUCCGCGGCUUUGGCAUGGUCGAGCAAUACGAAGAGGAACGUUUCCCUACGAAGGACCUUUUCUUCACCACUUCGUCGUCAUUGACAAAGACUUGGUACAGUACCGGCUCAGAUCGACCUACUAGUAGGCCGUACUUCUCAUCUUCGGCCAUCUUUCAUCGCUUGCAUCAGCUGGAUUAUCAAGUCGAUAUUCACGAAGCUAAGCGGUCUUUGCGUGGAAAAAUUUUGCGAUCAGAAACAUAUGAUUCUACCCCUGAAGGUAUUCCGUAUGUCGUGACUGAACAUGCGUACAAUACUAUUAGCGUCCAGCUCAAAACAGAUCAAACCAUCAAUGGUGUUAUCAGGGUCUUGCCAAGCGAGAUAUUGACAACAACCCUCGAGAUGCAGACAAGUGAUCCACAUAUUGUUCACACCAUGGUUUUAAGUACCAAUGAAUUCGGUGACCCACAAAAAUCGGCGACGAUCACAUAUCAGAGCAGAUCUAACAGUCCAUAUAAUACUGGGGCUGGGAGAGGAGUCCUGGACUUGUCAACUGUUAUCAAGGUCGAGGAAAUUGCAUACACGAAUUCGAUCAGCGAUGCCUUCAAUUUCCGUAAACCAUUGCCGUGUCACACAGAGCUGUACCGCAUAAAUAGCACAGAGCUAUCGACAAUUGUCGAUCUUAACGGACUGGAACAAUUUUUAGGAAGCCGGGAGACAAAUAACCUUCGAAAUGAGACGUUACAUGAAACUCGCGUCUAUUACAGAAGCUCUGAUUUGACUAAAGUGUUACCGCUGGGGAAGCUUGAGACCUUCUCUAUUGCGCACCAGACUUUCGUUCUUGGCUUUACUGCUGAGAUGCUUGAAGAUAUGAUGCUGCAAACAGGCGAAUUUAGAAACCAGGCGGACCUGUCACAAAUAGUCAAACAAGGCGGGUACGUUGACCUGGACACGAAUGGAUGUCUUUGGGCGCAAUCCGGGACCCAGUUCUUCUCAUCGCUAAAAGAAAGUACUGAGCUUGCAGCUGCGCGUUCAGCUUUUUUCGUUCCAAACUUUAGCACUGAUCCUUUCGGCAAUCAGUCCACUGUCGAGUUUGAUGAAUACUUCUUGCUGAAAAGAAGCGUGACAAAUGCGCUUGGCAAUAAGGUGUCUUGGCAGAACGACUACGAGAAAUUGCAAUCGGUCGUCAUCGUCGAUGAGAACUCCAACAUACACGAGUGUCUUUUGGAUCCCUUAGGGCACGUUGUCGGCACCGCCGUUGUAGGCAAACCUGAUAAAAGCACGGGUAUGACUGUACAAGAACUAGAUCCAACACCCCACCAGGAUCUCAUCGACAGUUUUUUCGACCAGCCCACAGAGGCUUUGAGUAAGCAGCUCCUGGGCUCAGCAGACGAGCGAGUCAUAUACGACCUCAAGCGUCGCCAUCGUUAUGGUACGGCACAAGAUAAAUUCUACACUGCAGCGAUAGCCUCAAUUGUGCGUGACGGUUCAGGGGUUGCUGGUGAGUAUGAUGUAAGUUUGUCGAUUACGUACCUCGACGGCCAAUCUCGUCCGUAUCAGAAGUUCGACUACCAUGGCCAAAAAGAUUCUGAGUGGCGUUGUGAGAGCUGUGUUCUGAAAAACAGCCAUGAUGAAGUUGUUCAGACCUACCAAGCGUUUUACACCCACAGUCAUUUGCCAAGACCGCCGUCAAAUCUGGAUGUGCCUGUUCAAACAUCAAUCCACGACGCCAUGCAACGAGAAGUCGUUACACUGUUUCCAAAUGCAACCUGGAGCAAGACUGUAUAUUCUCCAUGGAGCGUAAUCCAUUAUGACGUAAGCGACACCAUCCACAUCUCCGACCCUUCUCGGGACCCAGAUAUUGGAAGAUUUGUGGCUGGACUUUUGAGCAAUUUGCAGUGGAUAUCUUGGCUGGAGACUCGAAAGAAAGGUGACGACUUGCAGCGCCUGGCAGCCGAGAAAUCCGAACAAUACCCAGUCGCCCCUGUUGUCACUCGUAUUACCACUGAAGGUGAUGUCUGGAGGGAGACAGAGGGCGCAGAUUUACUCCUUCGAAACGUUGAAUAUGUGCACGACGGCAAUCACAACAUAAUCGCGGAGUACGAUACGCAGGGGCGUGCUGUCAUCUCCCGGCGAUUCAAUUUGCUCAACCAAUGUAUAUACCAAGGCACUAUGGACGGCGGAGACCACUUUAAUUUCGCAGACUGUCAAGGGAAGCCUCUGCUAUCAUGGGAUCGACGUGGCACCAUUGAAUUGUUCCUUUAUGAUGAACUUCGAAGAGAAAAGGAGACGUGGGUCACUACCAAGCUCCACACUAAACAACUGAUUGCGUCACUCAUCUACGGGGAGGAACAUCCAACUGCCAAAGAUUACAAUCUCCAUGGCCAGAUUUGGAAGCAAAUGGACCAAUCCGGCAUCGCGAUCUUCUCAAAUUAUGACAAUCGAGGGAACUGCACUGCUCAGAGCAUGCAGCUUUGCAAGGAAUAUAAGACAGUAAUUUCAUGGCAGAGUCGAGUUGAGAUGGAAAAGACUGUCUACGACCGGCAUGACUUUUACGAUCAUAACGGACAGGUUCUAAAAAGUCACGAUGUCAACAAGAACCAGACCAAGAAAUCUUAUGACCGGCUGGGUCGUCUCACGCAAGUCAGCAUGUCAUCUCCGGCUGCUUCAGGCGCGUCAGAUUGGAAGCCCAUCAUCUCUCAAACCACAUUCGCGGCUGACAAUCUCGUGCUGGCUAUUACUUACGGAAAUGAAAUUCAAGCAGCUUAUGCUUAUAACGCUCUCACCAGACAGUUGGAAAACGAAAAGGUUCGUGACAAGAACGGCAAGGUGUUAGAGGAUGUUACCACUGCUUACGACUGUUUGGGUCGCAAAAUCCGCAAGGUCAAUGAUGCACAGCAAGACGUCUUUUUCCGCAAUCAACAAAUCAAACCUGUGUCUUCAUAUACUUACGACGUUCUUGGUCAGCUGAUUGCGGCCACGGGCCGAGAACAAAUUGACAGCAGCGACGGAAACGGAUCAAUGGCGAGACCCUACAGUUCAGCUGGGAGUCUUGCCAGCCAAGGACAAAGAAGUGAACAGCAACUGUGCGAGUUCCUUGAGCUUUAUAAAUAUGACAGGGCCGGCAAUAUGACCUCCAUGAGUCACCAGCCUACGUCCGAUAGGAAGGUCGGUGGUUGGACUCGGCGAUACUUCUAUGAAGAACCCAGCUUCCUGGACCCAAAUGUCUCGAGUAAUCGCUUGAGUCGUACCGUGGUAUCAGGAACUGAAGAAAGAUACGGUUACGACAGCGAUGCAGGCCAACUUGGACUUAUCACCUCAAUGCCCGGGUUUUCUUCUUUGCAAUGGGGUUACAACCAGAUGUUGUCAUCAAGCUCGAAGCAGACAGUGAACAACGGCGUUCCUGAGACAACCUACUUUGUUUACAACCGUCAAGGACAAAGAGUUCGAAAAGUUACCGAACGAUCCUCAAUUCGAGACUCAUUCGGAAGCAAGAUGGCUGAUACAAUCCAAAUCGGAGAGGCCAAGAUUGAAAUGACCUUCACUGGUAAUGGGACGCUUCAAAGGACCAGCAAAGUCUCAUCUAUCCUCGGAGCAUCUCGCAUAGCCUCUGUUGAAAGUAAAGACGAUUUUAUUCGAGACAUUCUUUUCAGGUACGAAGCAAGUCCCAGUUUGGAGCUCGAUGCACAAGGUCGGGUUGUCAACUACGAAGAAUAUUCGCCGUACGGCGCCUGCACGUUCAAGGCUUCUGCUGGACAGAUUGGUGCUUCACGAGAAUACCGCUUUCGUCAAUACCUUCGAGACUCAGAGACUGGUCUUGAUCUCUGUGGUGCACGAUAUUAUGCUUCAUGGCUUGGGAGAUGGCUGUCGCCAGAUCCUGCUGGGACCGUGGAUGGACCAAACCUAUACGGAUACUGCACCAACGAUCCAAUAAACUUCAUCGACUCGGAAGGUACUGUCAAGAGCUUGGAAGUGAAAGGCAAAGUAAUGAUGACGGAUGGAGUAGCUAAAACCAUCACGAAAGGGGCGUAUAGGGCACUAUUCAAAGAAAAAUUCAAAGAACGUAACACUCAACGAUCAAAAGAAGGUAAAGGCGCCUAUGACCCAAGAGUUGCAAACAAUUUGUACAACACUGCCCGGCAAGCCAAAGAUGAACGACGUAGAGUAAUGGUCGAACGCAAAGAGCAACAGAAGACCCAAUCGGGUGGCGAGCGGUACGAUCGCGCACACUUUUUGGCCAGUCAGCACAAGGAUAAUUUCAAGGAGUUCGGAAUAAAUGCCCAUGACUACGUUGUCCGACUCCACUCCACAUUGAACCAAUUCUUCAUGAGACAGACCUUUGAUAGGUCCUGGACUAAAUUCUGGGAGAACAAUCAUGCGAGGCUCCAGAAAAUGGUCGAGGACAACAUGAACGGGAACGGUUUGGAGAGGGCCCAAGACGAAAUCUUCAAUCAUACCCGGACCUUGAUGUACGACACAGGACUGAUCACCCCUGAGGAAUUUGAUCAGCACCGUAUCAGUUACGAGGAUCGACAUUACGAAUGGCCCAAAAUGACUUCGGAAAAUCCAGAAAACGCUUACUUUGUCACCCCUGAAGUGAAGACCAAAAGCCUUGCAGCGUACGAGGUAUUCAAGAACCACAAUAAUUAUGAUUGGUUUAAUCCCUAG